CUACACCACAAAAUACCUGACCUUUUUGGACAAUUUACGGUUUCACCCAACAAACGAUUUUCUCACGUGGUUUGUUUUUUCUGGUGAUAAAUGUAGUGAAUUGCCCUUUUUUUUUUUUUUUUUUUUUUUACUAAUACGCCUUCUUAUUAUAUUGUAAGGACAAAAAUACAUGCCCUUUAACUGUAAUACAUUGGCAUAAAUACUUAUAAACUAACCUAACCAGUGGGAGCCAGUGGGAAGCAGCAGAGGUCCACCUCAGCUGUGUCCGUAGUCGACAAGAUUCAACAAAGUAAACAAAAUAAGCAAUCCAAACAUAACCAAGCCAGCCGCUGCACCCCAAGCCCCAACCACUGCCCUGACUGUCUCUUUCACAUUGGCAACACUGUCAAGGCUUGGUUAGGUUAGUUUCUAACUAUGUGGACAUUCAUGUUGUGGUUUAAGGGCAUUUAGUUUUGCUUCUUGACAACAACAGAAAGGCAUAUACAGCAUUUCCAGGUUGCAGAGCUAAAUUACAUAUCUCCCCUGUGGCACCACCACUGCCACACACAGGUGCCUGGCACUCUUGUUGUGGUCUUUUAUAAUUUCAUACAACAAAUUUUUCAUUUUUGUGUUAAAGGGACUUGGACUGUAACCUCUCACAGUGGAUUCUUUUAUACAGAAAAAUUUGUUACACAUGUAGUUGCUAUGCCUAAGAGUUUAAAAAGGCAUGCCGCGCACACGACAAGGACGGACUGUUGGUAAAAUUGCUGUGACGCUGCCCCGUCUUGGUCUCGGCCUGUAUCGUUAUCACAGCCAGCCAUGUCAGUUGAGCCAGCGUGCUCCACUGACACAGAAUAAACUAUGCUGAGUUACUGUGUAAGAUCACAUAACACCCAUCUCUGUCCUGUCUCCUUAUGAUAUUAGAAGUGUUCUAGGUGUAUCCCGGCCUAAAAUAAUACAAGGUCAGAAGAACUAGUGAGUGUGGUUGGAAGUAAUGGCGCCCCCCAAAGAUGAGAAGACCAGGAAGGAGAAGAGGCCCAACCUGAAGAGGAGGCAGUACGAUGAUUCUGCCCUGGAGGCUGCCUUUGGUGACAUCAUAGAGCGCGGCAUGUCCAUCAGGGCUGCAGCAGGUAAACAUGGCAUUCCAGAAGCAACAAUUCGACACAAACUGUCGGGCAAAAGAGCGUUGGAGUCAAAGCCUGGCCCCAAACCUCUCUUUUCCAUGUCUGAGGAGCAGCUCCUUGUGAACAACAUCAUGAAUGCCCAGAGGGCCGCUUGCCCAGUGACAAAGGGGAGUGUCAUGACUGCAGUCAAGUGUAUACUUGAAGAGGAGGCAGCAAAAGGUAUAGAACGAAAGCGACCUCCCUCAUUCACCGGGGACAAGCCCGGACAGAAGUGGUGGACACUUUUCAGGAAGCGCCAUCCAAACCUCAACUUUUGCUCACCAGAAACUUCAGAUUAUAGUGAACUGCACAUCCCUUACACACAGCUGGACCACGCCUCGACAUGUUACCAAGGUGUUGACCUGGGAGGCUUCAAGGAAGUGUCAGUACAAACCCAGCCUCAGCCUCACAUCAGCCGAGCCUCCCAGACGGAGUCCAUCAUGAACACUGAAUUAAAUCGUCAAAGACUUAGAAGGCUGAAAUAUGAUAGGUCUCUUUGUGAUAUGGUCUUGGAGUAUGCUGGCUAUGCCCCACUGUUGGACAUGUAUCUAAGUAAACCUUUCUCAGUGGAGGAGCUAGGCAAAGAGUUCCUGCCGACACAGCCCCGAGGGCCUGGCAUUACUCCUGAGCUUGGGGCGCCUCAGCAUGGACUCGGCGCCUCAGAGGGAGAGGAUCAACUAAGAUGCUUAAGAGAGGAUGGACCCAGGUGCUCAUGGGAGAAUAAACCCAGGUGCUUCAAGGAAGAGGAUGGACCCAUGCAUUCAAGGGAAAAGAGACCAAAGUACUCAGGGGAUGAAGAAAGACUCGAGCAAUCAUGGGAGGAGGACAGACCCAGGUGCUCUGAGGACAAUUACACAAUCUUCAGAGCUGCUUCAGUCCAAGUCUCCAGUGCAGACGUCUCCAGUCAUUUCUGAGUCUGCUGGUGCAAAGUGCCACAAACGUUAAGUAUUUCUCUCUAUCAAUUAGCCAACAUGAACUCUUUUGGAUCCAGGACAUGGAAGUAAACAGUGACAUGUGUCUACCUACCUUACUCCUACAUUCCAUUAAAUUUCUGUUAUGAAACCAAGUUUGUUUGUUUUGUCUAACAAAGUGUAAUUUGUGUUUCUGCCAAUCUAUGAAAUGUUCUCUCAUCAUAGUUCCUUCUUAACAGUAAGUGUGCACAACACCUCUAAGAACAACCUAUUUCUUGGCAACUUUGAGGGCAGUGACUGCAUUAAAUUCCCUAUCAAGGAACCUAAAGCAAGCUCUUGGGAAGGGGUGAUGGAACACAAGUUCCUGCAGCUUUAGCUAUGAACAGAUUCUUCAUACUUGAACUGGAACUGCAGUACUGAAGGUCAUAUUCCAAAUUUCAAAUAGAUGGUAGGCCUCUGCACACCUUUCUGUACACAGCCUCUGCUCUGCAUGAAACUUUACAAAAAAUACUUAUGUACAAGUCAGCCAUAAUUCGGUUAUCACAUGACAACUGGGUGUUUCUCUACACAGGUUAAGGAUAUGGAGGUGGGUAUUCAAUGUCUUUUCUGAAGAAGAAAUUCUAAUAUGUCUGUGUCAACUCUAACAGUGGCAAUGUAUGUCUAGGGGCUGCAGGGCUGCAGUACACCCAGUUUUCCUGUGACACUCAUUGUCAUCCGUAUACCGUAUUGUACGGCUGAGCCAGCCAUGCAGUACAGUGAACAGAAUAAUACUCUGCCAGUAAUAAUAAAACUCUCCUAUCUUGGCCCUAUUCCUGCUGUGUGACGCUUGCUGUCCCUCUGUUUUAUUUUAGCAUGAGCUGUGACUCAGCCUUGAGAAGGAGGAAAUAUGAGAGACAAAGUGGUGGUUGUGAAGGCACUAGAUGACUAGAAUCUCUCACCAAGGAUAGAAAAUUGGGGUAUCAGUACUUUUCCCCGCAAACAGUCCUGAGAUAGCAUUUUGCAAUGUAAACCAGCACAUCAUUCAUUUCUCUUGGUAUCAUGUGUUUUGUCAACAUUUUCGUCAGAGUAGGUGAUUUAUGUGAUGGGUCCAAAGAGGGUUUUGCAUUUUAUCAUGACAUUAAAACUAUUUACUUGAUUAUGACUCAGAAA